UCACGGAGCCGCUGCGGCCCUUGUCCGGACCUUCCGCAGAGGCGGAAAUAAAGGUGCUGCGACAGCUCUGUGAUCCAGAGCUUCCUGGAUCGGGAGACCCCGGGGCUGCUGGCUCUGCCGCGGCUCCCCAGAGCGCAGGAACGCACCUUUCUACUGCCAAACGCAGCCCACCGCGGGGAAUAGGGGCCCGGAGGUUGGACAGCCUGCCCGCAAGACGUGGCCAGGAGGGAUCAAAGUCUGGUCCGGUGUGCUUUUGCAGCAGUCAUGUAGUGCGCACCCUGCCUUCCACUCACCCUUAAGGCCCACUGUAUGCUCACCUUGGGGAGGUUUUCCCCAUCUAAGUUAGGAUGCAGAUUAGGACCCUUUGUUCCUUGAUUCGUUAAUUCAUUUGUUCCUCACCAGUAGUUACUGGACACCUGCUUAGUGUCCUAUCUGCCAGUACUGGAGAGUUUAUAAUUUCCUUUCUGAAGUUCUAAGGGCACAUCCAUUUGGGAAAAGAGACAUACAUAGCGAAACAGAAUUUAGAACAAUCUCCACUCUUUGUGCACAAAGGUUUGCUUUAAACUUCUUUCUGAAACUAUGAGUACUGUCUGGGGUGUCUGUUUUGUGUUUUUCAAAGACCUGAAGACCUAAAACCCGGCCUCCCAGCAUGUAGGAUGUUAGGAGACUAUAAAGAAAUGGACUCAGAAAUCAAGGAAGAAAUCCCUGUACAUGAGGAAUUUGUUCUGUGUGGUGGAGUUGAAACACAGGCUAAAUGUGGUCCCUGGGGUGACCUCUUUAAUGAUCAAAAUGUCAGCAGACCUAAACUGCUUAUUUUCAUUAUUCCUGGAAACCCGGGUUUUUUCUUCUUUUAUGUGCCAUUUGCAAAGGCUUUGUACUCUUUGACAACAAGCUUUCCUGUUUGGACCAUCAGUCAUGCUGGGCAUGCCUUGGCCCCCAAAGACACGAAGAUUCUUACAGCAUCAGAGGAUGCAAAUGCUCAAGAAAUUAAGGACAUCUAUGGACUACAUGGUCAAAUAGAACACAAACUAGCUUUCCUGAGAACCCAUGUGCCAAAGGAAGUAAAGCUUAUACUCAUUGGCCAUUCAAUAGGCAGCUACAUUGCUCUUCAGAUCUUGAAGCGUGCCCCCGAGCUUCCAGUCAUUCACACCUUCCUACUGUUCCCAACCAUUGAGAGAAUGGCCGAAUCACCCAAAGGCAGGAUUGCCACUCCACUUCUGUGCUGGUUUCGAUAUGCUCUCUAUGUCACUGGCUACUUAUUACUUACACCAUGUCCCGAGAAAAUCAAGUCCUUGUUAAUCAGAAUGGCCCUUCAAGCAAUGAACUUGAAGACGGAAUUUUUACAGACGAAUAUAUUACAACCGUUCUGCCUUGCUAAUGCUGCCUACCUUGGAGGCCAAGAAAUGAUGCAGGUGGUGAAGAGGGAUGAUGAAAUCAUAAAGGAACAUUUAUCUAAGCUUACAUUUUACUAUGGUACCAUAGAUGGCUGGUGUCCAAAAAAGUAUUAUGAAGACAUCAAGAAAGAUUUUCCAGAAGGAGAUAUUCGACUCUGUGAGAAAAAAAUACCUCAUGCUUUUAUCCUCCAUUUUAGCCAAGAAAUGGCUGACAUGAUUGCUGACUGGCUGAAAGCUAAUCUGUCCAAAAUAUAAUGAGACGCAGGAAACAAGCACCUAUAGCCAGAUGGAGGAGGCAGUAGAUGUACUAGGCUUAACAGAUUUAAUUUUCCUUUGAUCUUUAAUGUUAAAAAAGAAAGAAGUGAGAAUCUCUUGGCUUCAAAAAUUCCCAGCUCCCUGUCUAAAGACUGAGGUGAACAUGUGGUGAAUCAUUCCAUAGCAUCAACAGCACAUUUUCCAAGACUCAGGAACAUUAUUAUCCACACAACGACUCCUCUUGGCACAAGAGCCCAGUGGCACUAUAUGAUGUAUUUGGUCAGUGGGAUUCCUGCAGACAAAAGAAAAAUCUAAAUUUAGGUGCCUUUAAUUGAGUUGCAUUGUAGAAUAGACUCUUCUGGAGGAAAUUAUGAAAUACUUAAUUGAAAAUGUAAAAGACAUACUUAAAUGAAAAUAAAUACUGAAGUGAGAUUAUAAGAGAAAAUACAGGAGACCAAGGAACGUGAAGAGUGUGGUCAGUUGCGUAAAGUGUACUAGUUCUUAACAAGGACACAGGAAGUGAUGAGCCAUGGAUAUUGGCAGUGAACAUGGACGGAAGGUGAGAGUGAGCCCAGUCUACCUGAGCACAGGUCUCUCCUGAGAUCAUCAGGGUGACAUCAUGAUCUGCCAGCAUUAGACCAAGAAUAAAGUUCACCAGACAGUACUCUGGUCAGCUAACCAGAUAAAAGAGUGGUUGAAGGAUCCCAACUCUGCCUCCUGUCUCAGCGCAGCCAGCAAGCUGUGUGUGGAGCCUUGGCCUGCCAGGUGAUGAGCCCCUGCAGGCCCCUCACCUCCUGAGCCAGAAAGUGGAGGCUCUGGGCUGCCCCAACCGGAUGCGAAUGGGCCCAUGUGCAGUUGCUUUUUCUGUGUUGAAGGCCAGCAGCCAGCCAAGUACUGUGCUAGCCUUUGGUGAGAAUGGUGUACUUAACUACUGUAAAUUCUUUUUUUCUGAAAAUCUCCUAGUAAAUAAUUUGGGGGAAGGUGUUUUAAAUUCCUGAGUACAGCAUUAGCAUAAAUUGAUUAUUCUCCAUUUGCAUUAUUUGUUGGGAAUAAAUUAUUUUGCUAACAAACCAAAGUAAGCCAUUAAACUAUGUGAAUUCAACUUCUCUGGACACAUGGAGGUCUAGAAGAGAGAAGCAGGUUCUCUGGCUGAGAGCAGACUGUAUCCUGAGGUCUUAGGAACCAAAAAGUCUCACUGGCUGCAGUGACAGUGGAUGAUCAAUCAGAAACAUUCCAGUUUUCUCCUAAAGGAAAGCCCUCAGGCAUUAUCAUGCUUUAAGGACAAUAAGACACUCUCCUUCCUCUCAAAACUUAAGGCCCCAUAAUGAAAGAUCCAGCUCCAAUAUGCUGCCAGCCCCGUGGUGAGUGUUGAAUGAGUUAUUGUCCUUUGCCCGGCUUCUGCAUCAGAGCAAAUGGAGCAAAUGCUGCAGAAGGGAAAAGCCAGGCCCCACUCGGAGUGUUAUUGCUGCAAGGGGAAGAGCCUUAGAUAACAGGCUGUGGGCACAGGGCUCCACGCAAGUCCUCAUCAGCACCUGCAUGGGGAGGCCUUCUCGAAAGCUGACAUUAGAAGCAGGGACUUGUGGCUCCAAGACCUGCAUACAGUAGGUGCCUAAUAGCACUGAAUCACUGCACAUAAACAAGAACUGGUAAAUCAGGCCUACUGGAUUAAAAAGUAACAUCUACCCCUUUUCUUUUAGAUGUUAUUUUAUAGUACUCUGUAUUUCAGAAAUCUGCACAUACCAAAUUGUGUAAUUUUUAAUUUUUAGAGCUUAAAAAAGAUAUGGGCUCUUAAUCAUUUGAACACCAAUGAAUUUUCAAAAUAAAUGUUAUACCAGCACUUUGACCAUGUCUGCCCUGAUUUCUGUGUUGGGGAGAAAAGAUACAGUGUAAGAGUUUGCCUGAGUUAUAUUGGGGUUGAAGUCUUACUAUUAAAAACCACUUUCUUGUUGCGUCUUUUAAAGAAGGAAGAAUCAGAUUUCAGGAGACUGAAGAGACUGAAGUCCACUUUCUUUCAUUAGGAAUUACACAGAAGACAAAAAUCAAAAACAGUGGAUGUAAUCCAUUUUUCAGAAGUUCUACCUGUAUGUUUCAAGGUAGCCACAAGGACGGUCUUUAAGAUUUAACUUCCGCCAGGUGUAGUGCCGCAUGCCUGUAAUCCCAGUAACUUGAGAAGCUAAGGAAGGAGGACUGUGAGUUCGAGGCCAACCUCAGCAACUUAGCAAGUCCCUAAGCAAUUUAGCAAGACCCUGUCUCAAAAUAAAAAAUAAAAAGGGCUGGGGUGUAGCUCAGUGGUAAAGUGCCUUGUACAAAGAAAAAAAAGCCUUCUUAGAAAGCUGACUCAUACUGAAUGGAAAGUGUCAACUGGAGUAUUGACCCACAGUUUUUUGUUGUCUGCUCUGGGCCUUCAGAGAAGCCCCAGAGGCAGUCCCCAACAGCUCCAGUGGCCUUAUGUCCAAGAAGGCCAGAGCCUCUGGCCAUCACUUCUCUACUCAAUGCCUGGAGAGCCAGUGACCUCAAAAGCCUUGGUUUUUCUUCAUCAUACAUUAUAUUAAAACAAUAGCAAUCUCAGACUAAAGAAGACCACAGAGUCGUGAUAACCCAACACAACACCUGAGUCUGUCUUGGGUGUUUUUGUUAUAAAAUAUUGAACAUGGUCUGCAGAUUAGCUGAAAGUAAGAUAAUGACUAAUUCACCUUCUGAUUUCAGUGGUUGUAUUGUGGAGAAGUCGGAGAAUGUCUGAGGACUGAACAAAGCAUCGGGGCCAUGGAGCGUCCUGUCAGUUUGCUCUCAAAUGGUUCAGGGGAAAAUAAUGUUCUACUUGCAAAAUUUUUUUUGGAAUUUUGAGGUGGUUUUGGAAUUUAUAAAAAGUAAUUUAAAAAAAAAAAAAAAAAACCCACAA